AUGCGUUCUUUCGACAUUUUCGCUGACAUCGGACUACUUGUCGGUUUUCUCGUUCUUGCCGGCUCCUGUGCCGCGUUUGACGGCAAUAGUACUUGCGCAUCUCUUGCGGAUUCACUGCAGCUCGAAAACACCACUAUCAUCUCCAUCACCCACGUUUCUGCAAAUACAACAGUAGCAACAGCUGGCUCUUGCCAGUCCACUGCCCAAGUCUCCUCCGAUCUGUGCCGUGUCUUCGCUCAAGUGAACACUACUUCGUCCUCAGCUGUCAAGUUCGAGAUGUGGCUCCCGGAUGAAUGGUUCGGUCGCUUCAUCACGGUUGGCAAUGGUGGACUAGGCGGAUGCAUCGACUACAGUAACCUCGACUACACUAGCUCAUUCCAUUUUGCUGCAAUUGGCUCUGAUAACGGUCACGACGGCGACACAUGCGUCUUUUUCCUCGACCAUCCCGAGGUCAUCAACGACCUUGCCUUCCGCGCCAUCCAUGUCUCAGCCGAGCGAGGCAAAGACAUCGUCCAACAAUACUAUAACACCACCCCUGCAAAAUCGUACUAUCUCGGUUGCUCCACCGGUGGUCGACAAGGCAUGAAAUCUGCACUCAUGUUCCCCGACGACUUCGACGGUAUCAUGGCAGGUUCUCCGGCUUCCGACUUCAAUCAUCUGCUCGGGUGGAGUGGGCUACUCAGUAGAGCUAUCGGCGCUCCCGGAACCUCGAGUCCCAGUUUCAUACCCGACUCUCUCUUCCCUUCAGUCUCAGCGGCCAUCCUACAGCAGUGCGACCUUUUGGAUGGGGUGAAGGAUGGGAUCAUAACCGAGCCGGACGACUGCUUCUUCGAUCCGAGUGUGCUGUUGUGUGGAACGAGUACUGCGGGUAAUGAUACGAACUCGUGUCUGACGGCCGACCAGAUCGAGGCGCUGAAUAAGAUAUAUUCACCUGUCGUUUCGUCGGAAGGCGUGGUCUUAUUCCCGCGCCUUGACCCGCUGGCGGAGAAUCAGACAUCGCGUGAGCUCUUUUUCAACGGGUCGAUGUUUCAGUUCACCGACGGCUGGUGGCCUAAUGCUAUCGUCAAUAACACCAACUUUAGCUUCGCGGACUUCGGAGUCAAGGACCUCGUAUUCGCAGACACUAUCAAUCCAGGCGGUAUUGCCACCUUUGACGGCAACUUCUCCGAGUAUCGUGCGCUUGGCGGUAAGAUCGUAACCUACCAUGGACGAUUCGACGGCCUCAUCGCCUCAGGCCAAUCCAAACGUCUCCGUAACCUCAUCUCCAGCACCCUCACACCUUCCAACCUCGACGAUUUCUAUCGCCUCUUCCUCGUCCCUGGUAUGGAACACUGCACAGGCGGACCGGGGGCUUUUAAUUUCGGACAAGAUGGGACCUCGCUGGCCGUCGCGAGGAACGAUUCAGCUCAUAAUGGGCUGUUGGCGUUGGUGGAAUGGGUAGAAGGAGAUGUGGCACCGGGGAGUAUAUUCGGAACUGCGGCAGACGGAUCGGUGAGAGAGCAUUGUAGGUUCCCGGCGUUCAAGAGUCGAUUCAAUGGGACGGAUUUCGAGUGUGUGGAAGUGGCGUAA